AUCAACAACGAAACAAAUGCAUGGAUUAUUUACGUAUUUGUAAUGAAAUAAUUUUAAUAGAUUAAACAUCUAAACUGAAAACACUUGACACAGAUAAUUUCCUAAAAAUAAGAAGAUGUCGUCAUUUCAAGACAGGCAGAAAAGCCUGUUCAACACUUUGAAAGAAGCUGAAGACCAAUACAGUUUUUCUAAAACAAACAAAGUUACUCACCAAGACUAUGGUACAAUUGAUAAGUACACAUACAAAAAGUUGAAACAUGAAAUGAAACCAUUUAGAGGCAGAGAAAGUAUUUACAAAAGGCCUGAAGCAAAUAUUCGUGAGUGCCUUAGAGCUAAAACUAUUCCUGACCACAUCAAAAACCCACAAAAGUAUAAAUAUUACUCCUUAGCUGAUGUCACUCCAGAACAAAUGUCAGAUUCCACAAAUACGGCAACAGCUCUAGCACUAAUACGUGACUUGGAAGAAAAAGAGGCAGCAGCACAAAAAUCAAUGGAAACUGACACAGAUGAUGGUGUUUUCAAAAAACCAACAUUCUGUAUUUCAUCUUCUAUGAAAAAAACACCUAAACCAGAAGAAGAAAAGCCAGUAUUCAAGAGCAAUAAAGUUGUGAUGCCUGAGUAUGUUGUAGGAGUCACAAAGAAAAAAGAAAAGAAAGUAAAUUUAGUGAAGAAAGAAAAAUCAAAUAGUGCUGCAAGUUCAUGCACUAAAGUUGAAUUAAAACUGGAUCAUCUCUUUGAAGAUGAUGAAUGAUUUUUCGGCUUAAUAUUUUUAACAAUAACUGUGGACUAAAAUUAGGUACUUAUAUUAUUAUAGUAAUAAAGAUACCAUUUUAUGCC